AUAUCUAUUAUCAGCCUUACCGUAUCCUACAGAACAGAAAGAAAAUAACAGAAAUACCUAAUCUAUAGUCUAGAUCUGCUUUAUUAUUGGAAAGCAUCAAUUCUAGGACUACAUUUAGAUUUCUACUUUCUCUGCUAGCGUCAUACAUCUAGAUACUUAAAAGAUGCCUAUGAUCAAGUUACAAAGCUCUGAUGGAGAGGUAUUUGAAGUGGAUGUUGAGAUAGCUAAGCAGUCAGUCACUAUCAAAACUAUGUUAGAAGAUUUGGGCAUGGAUGAGGAUGAAGAUGAACCAGUUCCAUUGCCAAAUGUGAAUGCUGCCAUACUCAAGAAAGUGAUCCAGUGGUGUACUUUUCACCGUGAUGAUCCUCCACCCCCUGAGGAUGAUGAAAACAAAGAGAAACGUACAGACGAUAUUUGUUCCUGGGAUGCAGAGUUUCUCAAAGUUGAUCAGGGCACAUUAUUUGAACUCAUUUUGGCUGCUAACUACUUAGACAUUAAAGGUUUACUAGAUGUAACUUGUAAGACUGUAGCCAAUAUGAUCAAAGGGAAAUCUCCUGAGGAGAUCAGGAAAACAUUUAACAUCAAGAAUGAUUUCACACCAGCAGAGGAAGAACAAGUUCGGAAGGAGAAUGAAUGGUGUGAAGAGAAGUGAACUCUCCAGGCCUGAUGUAAUGUGUAUACAGAAUUUGUGAUAUCCAUUUACCUUAACCAACAACCUUGUGUUUGUAUAUAGUAACUGUGUGAAUGCAUGAGUGUUUGCCAUUAAAACUUGGAUCAACUGAAUCAACCUAAAUUGUACACAGGACGUCCAUGGAUCUAUACAUUUGAUCAUCACCAGUUCCAAUUGUUUUGUUUGUUUUUUUCCUUAAAUUCUAUGUUUAAAGUGAAUUUUUAGAACCAAAAUUGAAUAAAAAAAAAAGAAAAUGAAGGGCUCCACAUUAUUUAUUUUGGUUGUAGUACUUGAAAGAAUUGUCCAAUAUAUCAUGAACAUUGUGUCACUUUAUAAGGAAGCAGAUAAACUGUUGUGAGCUUAUUUUUAUAAUAUUUAAAUUUGAUUAAAGACUUAAAUUUUA